ACCCACCGCCAUCGGCCCCCGAAUAAAAAGACGAAAAAAAAUAAUUAACCGCCCACCUUCCAAGAAAAGGCCAUUUGAGGCUAGGGUUUCUUUCGGCUCCAAAUGUUAGCCCCAAUCUGUGAAGGUUAUCCUUUGAUUCAUCAAAUUAUUUUCCUUGAACCCAAACUUUGUUCAAAAGGGUAAAAGAUGCAAGCCAUAUACGUAUCCAAGGAAAAUCUGCUUCGCUCUUUAGCUGGCUUUACAUUGAAUCAGGGUCAGAAUUCAGUUCUUGCUAAUGCUGGCAACUUUAUGUCAAAGCCCUUCUCUACUUUAAGCUGCUCGAUUCGCCCCUUUCUGAAUGCCCUUGAUCUCGGGACAAAGCUACCUCCUUUUGAUGAAUUGAUUACUCGCCAGAUGGAGAAUUUAAGUCCCAUGACAAGAAGUUUCGAUCUCUGUCACGGUAGAAAAUGCAUCGAUUAUUGUAGGAGAGCAAGUGCGGGUUUGAGAAGUCGGGAGGUAAUGGGUGUUUUGAGUAAUUCGAUGGGAAUAAACAGCAAGCCUAAAUCCGUUAUGGAGCCCGGGACGAGGGAUUUUCAUGUGUCACGUUCUUUAACGAAUUCAGCCCGGGCUGCUUCUGAAAUGUUGUUAGAUGGAUUUCCACGGGACGGGCAGCUUGGGAGUUCUACAGCUUCUUCUGAUCAGAAGUCACCAGGUGAUGGAGCCUUGAAAUUGCUCUCAGCAUCUUGUUACCUACCACAUCCAGAUAAGGAGGAAACUGGUGGUGAGGAUGCUCAUUUUAUAUGCGUCGAUGAGCAGGCUAUUGGUGUCGCAGAUGGUGUUGGUGGCUGGGCAGAUGUUGGUGUUGAUGCAGGACUGUAUUCUAGAGAGCUUAUGUCGCAUUCAGUAACUGCAAUUCAAGAAGAGCCUAAAGGGUUCAUUGAUCCAGUAAGAGUAUUAGAAAAAGCAUACGCAAGCACCAAAUCAAAAGGAUCUUCAACUGCAUGCAUUAUUACUCUCACUAACCAGGGUAUUCGUGCUGUGAACCUUGGCGACAGUGGAUUUAUAGUCGUGAGAGAGGGGUGUAACCUCUUCCGCUCACCUGUACAGCAGCACGAUUUCAACUUCCCUUACCAAUUGGAGAGUGGAAAUGGCAGCGACCUACCAAGUGCGGCUCAGGUGUUUACCAUUCCCAUCGCAUCCGGGGACAUCAUCGUUGCUGGUACAGACGGUCUAUUCGAUAAUCUCUACAGCAAUGAGGUCACGGCGGUUGUCGUGCAUGGCAUAAGGGCACGACUGGGGCCUCACGUGACGGCUCAGAAAAUAGCUGCGCUUGCUCGCCAGCGAGCGCAGGACAAGAACAGGCAGACUCCUUUCUCUACCACUGCUCAGAAUGCAGGAUAUCGCUAUUAUGGAGGUAAGCUCGAUGACAUUACUGUCAUCGUCUCCUACAUUACUGCUGCGACACCUUAGAAGCAUACAAACCACGAUUAGAUAUUCUUUUGUGCGUUUUGUACAUAGAAAUAGAAACGAUAGGGACUUCCUGGAGGGAUGGAUUUAGACGUCCAAGUUGUUCUGAUAUAUAUAGAAUCUUUUGUAAGAGAAAGACUCUGAAGUAAACUACUGGCAGCUGCAUUUGGCUGCUUUAAUUUUUGCAUUGAUGCAACUCCGAUA